AUGCAGACUCCUUCAAAGCACCCAUACAACAAUCAGAACUUCAAUACGAAUCACAUUGGCGUCUCAGUGCCACCCGGAACUCUCGAAGAGGUAGUGGAGUGGUAUGGCAAGCAUCUCGGCUUCCGUCGCCUGACGAGCUCGAGUCACGAAAUGGGUCCAGGCGGUAAAAUCUACGGUUCUACCCUCCGCAAGGCCAAGGUCGCCUAUCUGACCACCGGCAACGGCGUAGGCUUUGAGAUCUUCGAAUUUAUUGACCCUCCCACGAAAGCCGUAGACAUGAACGAGUGGAGCCUCGAGGAGCAAUACCAGCGCGGCGGCAUGUUCCACCUUGCCAUCACAGUGCCGGACCCGGAUCGAGUAUGUAAGGAGUGUUGUGACGAUGGAGCCACACAGAUCGGAGAGACUAUUGAGGAAAGGAACGGCGAGAAGUUGCUCUAUCUCCGAGAUCCUUGGGGCAUGAUUGUCGAAUUGCUGAGUUGUAGUUGGGAACAGAUGAACGCGAAUGCAUGGUAG